CGAACUAACCGGUUUUAAAUUCAUAUUUAAGCAACUUCAAUAAUCGGUAUACUGUGGUGCUCAACUCUUUCCUCCAAUUACAGUACCUGAUACUAACAUGGAAGUUUGAAUUAAUGGGUGUAGAUGAGGAUGGCUAACGAUAGACAAUCAUUCGUCAUCAGUAUUGGCAUCGUUCAGCUAUUAUCAUUAACUAGUUUGAUUUUGGUUGGUAUCUGGACUGGAAAACAACUAGGAGGAUUUUCCUGGCAAAGUAACCCCGCUACCGAAUUUAAUUAUCAUCCACUUUUUAUGGUAAUCUUCGUCUAUCUUUAUGGCAAUGGAAUGUUAAUGUAUCGUGUAAUAAAACGUUAUUCGAAUAUAAAAAGGAAAAUUAUCCACGCUGUCCAUUUUAUAUUAUGCUUUAUCUUGGUUGUAAUAGCAUUGAAAGCGGUUUUUGAUUCUCACGAUCUGGCUAAAAUUCCGAAGAAAAAUAUGUAUACUCUACAUAGUUGGAUCGGUUUGGGUGCAGUCAUUUUAUUUUCUGCACAGCUUGUUUUUGGCAUCACUAUGACCCUCCUAAAAUAUUACGCCAUUUAUGAAAUGAAAUCAUUUAGAUCAUUUCAUAAAUACUUUGGAUUGACUAUAUUUGCCUUAUUUGUUGGAUCUUGCGUAAUUGGAAUCAACGAAAAAAUUAUAUUUAAAUUAAAAAAUAAAACCAAUCCUACAGAAAGAUAUGAUCAUCUUCCUCCUCUUGCUCUCACUGGAAACUUUUUAGGAGUUGUUUUAGUUAUACAAGCAAUGUAUGUUAGCUACUUAGUUACCAAUUCAAAUUACAGGAAACCCGAAUCCAGUGAUCAAUCUUAUAUUCUGUGAUAAUUUCCAAACUGAAUAUGAAUGUAAGAUACAUAAUUUGCAUUAUUGAAAGGAGAAAUAUUUUUUAUAAACAUUUUAAAUAUGAAAUUUUUAUCAAUUUGUAAACUGUUUGAUGUUUAUACUAAACGGAGAUUUAUAAAAUAUAUAUUUUAAAAGUAAUCAAGUUGAAAAUUACAUGGCAGAUAUUUUUAUGAAGUGUAU